AAUUGUCGCUGGUUGAAUUUGAAGCGUUUGCGCAGUGUAGCUUUCUGAGUAGCAUAGAAUUAAGCUACUGAAGUAGUGAUGUUUAGUGUAGAUUAACACAAGAGGAGGCUACUUUGUGAUUUUUUUAUUUUGUAUUAAAAUAGUUAAAGAGGACCCACUUAAACUGUGUAUAUGGGAUGGAACCGGGACCUUCAGGAGAAGUUGGCACUUACUUGCCACCCCUGCAGCAAGUGUUUCAAGCCCCUCGGAGGCCUGGGAUAGGAACUGUUGGGAAGCCAAUCAAGCUCCUUGCGAACUACUUUGAAGUGGACAUUCCUAAGAUUGAUGUUUACCAUUAUGAAGUGGAUAUUAAGCCAGACAAAUGUCCACGGAGGGUGAAUCGGGAAGUUGUUGAAUACAUGGUCCAGCACUUCAAGCCCCAGAUCUUUGGUGAGAGAAAACCUGUGUAUGAUGGGAAGAAGAAUAUUUACACAGUCACAGCACUUCCUAUUGGACAUGAACGGGUGGAUUUUGAGGUAACAAUUCCUGGAGAAGGUAAAGAUCGGAUAUUCAAGGUCUCUAUUAAAUGGAUGGCAAUUGUGAGUUGGAGAAUGUUGCAUGAAGCACUGGUUAGUGGACGAAUCUCUGUUCCUUUGGACUCUGUACAGGCCUUAGAUGUUGCCAUGAGACAUCUCGCUUCAAUGAGAUAUACCCCAGUGGGUCGUUCAUUCUUUUCCCCUCCAGAAGGUUACUACCAUCCACUGGGAGGAGGCAGAGAGGUUUGGUUUGGCUUCCAUCAGUCUGUCAGACCAGCCAUGUGGAAAAUGAUGCUCAACAUUGAUGUUUCAGCAACAGCUUUCUACAAAGCGCAGCCGGUGAUUGAGUUCAUGUGUGAAGUAUUAGAUAUUCGAAAUAUUGAUGAGCAGCCAAAACCUCUCACCGAUUCACAGAGAGUGCGAUUCACAAAGGAAAUAAAAGGUUUGAAGGUUGAGGUAACCCACUGUGGGCAAAUGAAGAGAAAAUAUAGAGUGUGCAAUGUAACCCGUCGCCCAGCCAGUCACCAAACGUUUCCUCUUCAGCUGGAGAGUGGCCAGACUGUUGAGUGCACAGUGGCUCAGUAUUUUAAACAGAAGUACAAUUUACAGUUAAAAUAUCCUCAUCUACCGUGUCUCCAGGUGGGCCAGGAACAGAAGCAUACUUACUUGCCACUAGAGGUCUGUAACAUUGUAGCUGGACAGAGAUGUAUUAAAAAGCUGACAGACAAUCAGACAUCCACCAUGAUAAAGGCAACUGCAAGGUCGGCACCUGACAGGCAAGAAGAGAUUAGCCGUCUGAUGAAAAAUGCCAGUUAUAAUUUAGACCCAUAUAUACAGGAAUUUGGCAUCAAAGUGAAGGAUGACAUGACUGAAGUGACAGGCAGGGUUUUACCUGCUCCCAUUCUUCAGUAUGGUGGUAGGAAUCGAGCAAUUGCCACACCCAAUCAGGGUGUGUGGGACAUGCGUGGAAAGCAGUUUUAUAAUGGGAUUGAGAUUAAAGUUUGGGCAAUUGCCUGUUUUGCACCACAAAAGCAAUGCAGAGAAGAGGUGUUAAAGAAUUUCACAGACCAACUGCGUAAGAUUUCAAAGGAUGCCGGAAUGCCAAUUCAGGGACAACCUUGUUUUUGUAAAUAUGCACAAGGUGCAGACAGUGUGGAGCCUAUGUUCCGACACCUUAAGAAUACAUAUUCUGGGCUUCAGCUCAUUAUAGUCAUCCUUCCAGGAAAAACACCCGUUUAUGCGGAGGUGAAGCGUGUUGGAGACACGCUUCUGGGAAUGGCAACACAGUGUGUACAGGUGAAGAAUGUAGUAAAAACAUCUCCCCAGACCCUGUCUAACCUCUGUCUCAAGAUUAAUGUCAAACUGGGAGGAAUCAACAAUAUCCUCGUACCUCAUCAGCGUUCUUCCGUAUUCCAACAACCAGUAAUCUUUUUGGGAGCUGAUGUGACUCAUCCACCAGCUGGAGAUGGAAAGAAACCAUCUAUAACUGCUGUUGUAGGUAGUAUGGAUGCCCACCCAAGCCGCUAUUGUGCAACAGUACGUGUGCAGCGUCCACGCCAGGAGAUAAUUGAAGAUCUCUCCUACAUGGUACGAGAGCUUCUUAUCCAGUUUUAUAAGUCAACACGCUUCAAGCCAACAAGAAUCAUCUUCUACCGAGAUGGAGUUCCAGAAGGCCAGCUUCCACAGAUCUUGCAUUAUGAACUCCUAGCAAUCCGAGAUGCUUGUAUUAAACUGGAAAAGGAUUAUCAGCCAGGGAUUACAUACAUUGUAGUGCAGAAGAGACAUCACACGCGCCUUUUCUGUGCGGACAAGAAUGAGCGGAUUGGCAAAAGUGGAAACAUACCAGCUGGAACCACAGUUGAUACAAGCAUUACACAUCCGUUUGAGUUUGACUUCUACCUGUGCAGUCAUGCAGGUAUCCAGGGUACAAGCAGGCCUUCACAUUACUAUGUUCUGUGGGAUGAUAACCGGUUUACUGCAGAUGAGUUGCAGAUAUUGACCUACCAGUUGUGUCAUACAUAUGUCCGCUGCACACGCUCCGUCUCCAUCCCUGCACCAGCUUACUAUGCCAGAUUGGUAGCAUUCAGAGCAAGAUACCACCUAGUUGACAAAGAACAUGACAGUGGUGAAGGCAGUCACAUAUCAGGACAGAGCAAUGGACGAGAUCCCCAAGCUUUGGCCAAAGCUGUGCAGGUUCACCAGGACACACUACGCACCAUGUAUUUUGCUUGAAGGCAACACUUACCUCAGUUAAAAAAAAAUCUGGAGUAGAAGGAGCCAUAGAGGAAGUAUCGGGGCACCUUGUGAUGAUAUGAUAGCACAGCAGAGGUUGAAAAUUGACUAAAGUAAAAGACGACCCUCUGAAGAGUUGGUUGCUGGUAUCUGAAAACACCAGUUUUUUUAUCUUCAAGCUCAGCCUGACCAAAUGAAUGAAGAACUUUUCUAGAAAGCUGUCGUUUUCCACUUUGAAUUUGAUUUUAUUAUCCUGAACUGUUAUAUGCAAUACUUAAAAUUUCUACUAGAAUGUGAAUUGUAAAUGGUUCAUAAAUGCCAAAUGAAUGCUGGUAGGAUUUCUGAUAUUUAGAGCCUUAAAAGGGACUCCAUUUGUAACAGUUAAUGGUUUGAUUGCAAAAUGUCUACAAGGAGAAAGGCAUGUAGAUGGUAGACGUUACACAAAUUCAUCCUUUUCCCUUCCUUUCACCCAGUCAUCUAGAUUUGCAUAAAUCCUCUCAUCGUGUCAUACAGCACAUUAGCACUUAGAUCAGAGAUGACAUAAAUUUGUCUUCCUUGCAUUGGGUUUGAUAAAAUGGUUCCCAGUGUGACUUAAGAAAGCAGCUAUGAAUUUUCUUUUAAUUGGUAAGUGCCUUACCAGCAAUGCUGCAGAUUAUCUUUAAAGGACAAGUUCUACUCAGAAUGAAGGGGAAAAUGCAACCAGAUGUAACCAGACAAAAGUGGUGGUGUCUCCACCACUGACUUAAUCACAUACACAAUACAGAGGGUCUGUUUUGUUUGUUUUCAGCUGAAGGAUAUUCCUUUAAAGAUAACAAACUCAAAAUGGUUAAAGAAGUUUAGACAUGCACUUUCAAGAUUAUGUGUGUAAUAGCUGCUGAAAAAUGGCCAGCAUAAUAUACUUUAGUUAUUUUUAUUGGGAAGAUACCAUUCUGUUAAGUCAUUUGGAUGUCUUCCACAGUGAAACUUGGCUGUAUUUAUAUAUUACUAAAUUUUACUACACAGUAUUUUUAUACAAUACCAUGUCUGUUGCCAGACUGCAUGUUCUGCAUUUCAUUGGCAUAGUUCAUUGUUGUGCACUUCUUGUGACUUUAAACCUUUAGAGUUGCAGCGGAGACAUAAGUUUGCCUCUUCUUACAGUAACACACUCCAGUAUCUAGCAGUUACCACUGAGGCUGUAGUUUGAGCAACUCAGCAUGCACACACGGUGGUUGAAAGUAAUUUUAAAUAGUGUCUGCAUGGCGCUGUUCAUCGGUGUACCUUUGCAGCUAGUAUGGGACUGCAAAUGUGUUAAUCAGUGGGCUUGACAUGUACAGCAGAGUGAGAAAUGUAGCUGUCUGCUGCUUAGUUGUGAGAUAUGUAUUUGCUUUUUCACAGCUCACUAGACCACAUUGCCUUCAGCUUUCUCUAGAGUGGCACCAACUUCUUGCUUGUCAAGUAGCUGAGAACAACAAUACAUUUUAAUUUCUUGUCUUUAAACCAUGCUGGCUGGCAGACAAAUCUUUGCUGCGAUUGUUUUAUCAGGUUUACAUAGGAUUAUUUUUUUACUUAUUUAUUUAGAUAAUGUUGGUCAGAUAACUCUCAAAAAGCAAUGGCUGAUUUCUGAAUGCAGCCUAAGGCUUUCAUGUGUUCUUACAGGCGAUUUAACUGGACCAGGUCAGAUGUAAAUGUAGCUGUUACCCUUUCUGUGCAGAUCCUGCUAAAUCAUUUGAGAAUAAUACAUGAAUGUUAUUUUAUUUUGUAUGUUUAAUAUUUGUGUGCAGCACUGUAUGAUAAAAGCACAUUUUAAGAUACUUUUUAUGUUGCAUAUUGCACAGUGGACACCAUAAGAAUAUUAAAAAACACGCAAUUCUCAGGUGGAGAUAUGACAAGGACAAUGCAGUUUUACAGAUUCUCCAGAUGCAUACUCAGUUUUUACAGCAAAAAUAUUUGUAUUUUAACAGCUGAAGGUCUGUGGUACUUCUUUCUAGGCAUCAAAUGUUGCUUUGAAGUAAAUUUCUAAUUAAGAUUUAGCCUGUUUUGUUAGUUUUCAAGCAAAUCUUCUAUGUAUGUAGUUCUGUCAGCAGAGCUGAAAUGUUCGUAGAUCCACUGCUCACUCCCGCAUCUGUGAAACAUAAUUUUCUUUGCCUGUAUAUGCCUCUGAUGAUUUGUUUGUUCCAUUUUGUUAAUUAUACUUGCUAGGUUGUGCCCCAUCAGUAAGACAUGGCAGUAGCAUAGUUUAGCUACAAGGUGGUUAAAAUAGCUUUUUUACACCUGGGUACAUCCACUGCUGAAAUUCUGUGGAGCAUAAUCUGACACAUUUACUGUGUUUGGUAAGCCAGGCUUGACUAGUACUUAACUGCUUUCUGUAAGCUUUCCUAUGAGAUACUCCCAUUCUAUGGCAGUUGAUGGCCAAUACUGCUAGAGAGGGGCUUUCAUUGCUAGGGGCCCAUCGAUAUAUUUGCUUUACACUCCAGUCCCCAACUGUAGUACAUCAGCGCCCUUUAGAAGGCUGAACGUCCUGUCAGCUGCAGUGCCAUAUGUUAGCCUCUGUUAUUACUUAAAAAAGAUGAAGCUGGCUUCCUCCUUUUGGGAUGUAUGAGCUGAUAUCAGCCACUCCCUCCCAUUUCACACACAGGCUCACACUCUGGUUGUUUCUUUCCAGCACCUGGACUCUAUACCUAAACCUUGGUUUUGCGAUCACAUACGACUCUAUUUCUGUGCAACCUUGGAGCUGGAUGCAUUGCCAGCAAUAUGAUUUCCAUCUAAAACUGAAAAUGCUGCUUCCUUUACUCUUUAUGUAUUCAUGCAUUCUUAUAGCUGCCUUUGUUGGGGCAGUGGAUGAUUAUAAUCUGCAUUCUUACUUUAAUGCUUCAUAUUUCAGUUUAACCAGUAAUACAGUCUUUUGAUUUGGCAGGUUAAAGGAGGAGCAUUUUGCUUUUGUAAGUGUAAAAGCUGGUUGUCUGGUUUACCCUGUUGCUAGUUAGGAGUCUUUAGCUUUGUAUAGAUGGUGAGUAACAUUCCCCCAUUUUAUAAAACAAUGUUGUCUCGCAACGAAAUGCUGUUUCUGAGCAUGUCAUUUGCAGCCUUUUCAGUCAUGGCAUUACUGGGUAUUUGUAGAUGCUUGAAAUACAGUAGCUGAAUUGACUGUUACUUCUGAAGUAAUCUGUGACACGUGAAAAUACAGUAUCAGAAGUAACUGGCAGUCCAAGCAGUGUGCUCAUAUAAGUGUGUCUACUUAGUUUGAUAAAACAAGCAAAUUUAUUACAGCUGAAGUAGAUGACAUGCAUAUAGAACUAAUAUAACAAGUAUAUUAGUACACAGUGUAAAUGUGGAACAACAUUGUAUUGUGGUGACUUUCGUCACUAUUGUAUGAUUACGCAGUAUCAUUUUUUUCUUGCUUUCCAUCUGCAUGUAGUCAAAGUAAUUGAUUUUUUUCUGACUUUCAUGUUUAUGAUUACAGUUUAUGAACAUCUUGCUGUAAUGGAUAAGGGUCUUUCCUCCCAAAAAUUGAUUUCUGUCUCAGACUGUGGUGUCCCUUACUUCCCAUAACUGUACAUCUUGUUUCACUGUCCUGAAGAAAGACACUGAGUCUUUUAACAUUGGUUGUGCUCCACUACUGAUAUUGAACAAUUGUUUUCAUCAAAAACAGUUGAGUGGGAAUGGUUAAAGAUUUUGUCUUCUCUUUUAACUUUGUACUAUGCUAAGUUGCUUUUGAAAAUUAGGAGAUUUGCUUUAUAGGAGGAAAAGUAAAUAAUACUAAAAAAAAAAUUUAAAACCUGCUCCUUAAUUGAGUGAUUAGCAUAUCAGUGCAUUAGAAAAUGUUGAUGAGACUUCCAGUUAGCAUUAAAAGUGUAUUGGUGAUCAUGGAGGCUUCACAUCCUGCUUUUCUGAGACAGCAGUGCAUUUUUAAUGCCGUGUGGUCUAGUAGCGGCCAAACCAUCUGCCAAGUGAUCCUGUCUUAUAUUUGCUCCAUCCCUGCAGUUGUCAGUGUUCCAUGUCAUAUGGUGAAGUGUAUAAGAACUUGUGUAUGAAAGUUUGUAGGUUACAUUUUUGCAGAGUAAAUAGCUUACUUUCGUGGCCUUUAAUAAAAUAUUUAAUAUAGUAUUUUAAUUUUGUAACAUUUGAGCCUUAAAUUUGUACAGCUCGUAUGGCUGCACACUCCUGGUCAACAUGUCACAGUACAUCAGGGAGUGUCCAGACAGUGUAGACAGUUCUGUGUCUUAGAAGGGAUUAUUCUGCAUCCGUUGUCAUUACUGGUGUCGCAGUUUAUGCCUGUUAACUGCAGCCCUGUAUUGUAUUUCAGGGGUAUCAGGGGUUUUAUUGCCUUCUCUUUGGUCUGUGAAAAGUACUGCAAGUUUUAGUUAACUGGGCGUGCCCACUAGUGGCUGUCAGUUUGUAGUGCAUCACAAGGUGUUUUGGUUGCCAUCCCCGAUUUGUUUUUCAAGAGCCAUGACUGAAGAACUUGUAGAGAUGCUUAGUGAUGUACUGUAGCAUUUUAAAUGACAUGACAAUAGUGGUGGUCUGCAGUUAGUUGCUGUCCCUAAGUAGUAUAUUCCACUGGUCCAAUAUGACAGGUUAGGAAUGGCCACAUACCUUCCUUCCUGUGGUACCAUUCUUCACUAUCUUGGACAAAGCAUGGCUGUUUUCUCGCCUUCAGAGAACUUGUUGAAAAACACCAGAGUUAUGUGCAGUGAGAUUCUUGGCAUAUUAACAGCUACUUAUUCUGUGAUCAGUAUGCCAUUAAAAUAAAAGCACAGUGGCAAGAACAGAGUCUAGCAUUGUUUCAUAUGGCAUGAACAGUAUGAAACUUCCCCUUUCAUAGUCUGUGCCUUUGGAAUAAGGCAGAAUAUAGAAAGAGAUUUAGGCUUGCAAGUUCCAUAGGACUAAACUAUCCAUCUCAAGUGUUGCCUAUACAAGCAGUAUGUGCAAAGCCUUGCAAAAUUCUCAUUUUUGGUGAAGGAAGGUUUCCAGUAUGUUUACUGGAAAAGAUGUUUGUGUGGUUGGCAUUCUUUAGUCACAAUCCUAUGCCUUGCAUCUGUAUUUCAUGCCCCUGCUACGCAAUGUGAUUAAGUGGAACUGUUCCAUUCUGGAAGGUUGUUUAAUGUUGUAAUUGUUUUGUUUUGUUUUCAUUUAGAGCAUAGCACAAAACAAUGAUGUACAGAUGUUUUUUUUUUAAUUCAAAAUCAGGGGGGUCAGUAGUACAUCCAUGUUAAAUGCUGGUAAUUUUAAAAUGCAGUUUAGCAGUAGUGUUGUCUGGUGUGAUGUUCCCUUUUCAUUCUUCUUAAGCUCUGUAUAGCUGUGCAUGUUUUUACUAGCAUUUGUGUUCAGUUUCCUUCUCAAGUUUUCUAGGGUGGGUGGAUCAGAAAGUGUCAGAACAUUUGAGAGGCUCCCUUUUAAUUUGCAGUAGUGUUGCUAUGCCAGUUUGUUUAGACACAUCUAAUGCCACCAAAUGCCCUAAUAAAAAAUAACUCAUUUGCUUUUGCGAGUUAUGUCCAAACAAUGGUUACACAUGUAUCCAAUUUCUUUGGGUAUCUGUGGAUAUUUAUAGCAGCUGGCAGAACCAUGCUUUCGUUUCACCUCUGAGACAGAUCAUCUAAUUUUAUCAUCUGAGAUUCUGAAAUGCCACACUCAACAACUUGUCUUUUGUAUUUAAUCAUGUCAUAAUUCCAUGUAAAAUUGUCUUGCUUAAGACUGAAAGAACUAAUACCAUGUAAUCAUAUUACCAGGACAAAUGUAACAGAGUCACAGCAUAGAGCACUUUGUGCCCAUCUUAAUUACUUUUGAAGUUCUAUGGGCCCUCAGAUUAUUAAGUUGUUAUAUUUGUACAAGUAGCUUUGAGUUGUUUCAUUAAAAUGUGUCUUGAGUUCAUGCAGAAUUCUGUAAAUCAAACUUUCCUCACUUCCUAUGUUUUAACAUUUACUUGUCCUUAUUUAUUUUAGGCAGUAAGAAAUGCAUUGCAGACUGCCCUACCUUACUUCUAACAGUUAAGUCAUUUUUCCUUUCCAAGUCUUCUGACAUUUAAAGAAGGAAGAGUUGUCCCUUCCGUUUAAACUUGUAGUAUAAAUGUUAAAUGAUGAGUAUAAGGAGGCACAAUUUUUUAUUUUAAAGUUCAGUAACAGUAACAUUGUCUUUUAUUGCAUUAAGUCAUUGGGCAGAGAGCAGUCAUUUUGAUAACUUCCUGGCUGGAUAUUUGUUAGACAGUGGGAGUCGGUGCUAACUUAGAGAAAGUGUGCUGCUGGGAGAGAGAUGUACAGCAUCAGGUGCUUUUAUGAUCAUUGAGAAUAUUCUUGUGUCACAGCAGAACUCACUUUAUUUAAAAAACAUGGACAGUUGUACCUUCUUUGUGUUAUCUUUGAGUAUUUGUUUUUUCAUGAUGACACUUACAUGUGCUGUCAUCAAGAUGGUUCCAGAUCUUUAACACAUUAAUGUAUGCAUUUAAAACAUUACCUUUUAACUGGAACAGAGUUGCCCUUCAUACCACUACAUCUCAUUAAUGGCAGGGAUGGCAAAUCACUCUUCAAUUUCCCUGCUUGCCCUUUGAGCAGGUAAAGUAGUCAGUCUCUUCUUCCUAAUAAAGGUGGGUGGUAUAUUAGUCACCUAGGUACUUUCACUGCACAUCAUUUAGGAACCACUACAGAUCUCCUUAUUCCUUAUAGAGAAAUGUUCAUUGAUUUCACUGAAGCUGUUAUGCAUAUACCAUCUGUCUAAGCUAGUACUUGUGUUAUAUAGCCUGUGCAUAUGGGAGCGGCAGAAAUGUUCUUUUGGAUGCUGCCUCUCAUUUCUCCCUUUGGAAAGAGAACUAAGUAGUUCUGUUCUGUUGAUUGGCUUUCUGGAAAAAAAUUCCUUCCUGAACCUUGGUUUAGUGGAGUCAAAGGCAUACAUUUAAUUAUUUUACCAAAAGUGUAGACCUUACCUUUUUUUUUGCCAUCUGUCAGAUGUUCAGACAUUUCUCUGGAGACUGUACUGUUUAGCCACCUGCAAAAUUCCAUCAGUUUUUAUUUUAUACAUGUAUGUUUAUUUCUUGGUUUAUUUAGGGUUGCAGUUUCUUUUUUAACAAAUUAAUGUAGUUGUAUCUUUGGCACUGUAGCAAAGAAAGUGCAGUUUUGCCACUGAUGUAGAAAGUUACUUCAGCACUGGAAAAUUGCUUGCUUAAAGCGCAUACCGGGUAUGUCUUUGCUUGCAUCUUUGGUAUGUAAGAGCAGAUAUACCUAUGUCCUUUGGCAUACUUUUUUUCCCCUCUGAACUGAGCAGAAUGUUUUGAAGUCCAAGCUCAUACAGUUUUUAGACCAGGCCUGUCACAGAGGUAAAUAUUCUCCAUAACACCUAAACAGUAUACUUUGAAUCAUUAUUAGAUGGGGUACGGUUUUCUCUGUUUAACAGUGUUGGUCCUGAACAUAUACUGAAAGAGUCCACAGACUUGCUUACUCAACAGUUAAAAGCUAUUAAAUAAAUGUGACUACAGUCCUUAUUAUGAAGACUUUGGGGCAUGGUAGAGGACACAGCUAGAUCCUUGGAGUUAUUUGACCAAGGUGGAUACUUAUGCACACCACUGGUAAAUAGGGCAGUUCUGUCUUAUUGUGCAUGCCCUGCAAAAAUACAGUCCCCAAAGGCUUAUGUACACUCGGGUAAAGUUACACAAUUCCCUGCAUAAAAAUGUCAGUUAAGGAUUUAUUGAAUUAUUUCAUUCACUAGCAAUGAUCAUCCAGGUAUUCUCCCCGUGUUUGAUCAGUUCAUUCCCAGUUACUCAACCAGCCUUAGAUGGCUGCCAUUAACAGUGGUGACAGGUUAGCAUCCUUGUUCCCUUAAAUUUUCUAAUAUUCCUUGUGCCUCUCUAUUUACCCCCCCCAAAAAAAAUCAUUAGUAAGUGCUAUACAGGGACAUUUUGUGUUGGGGCUGUGUUUCCAUGAUGCCUUACUUGCACACUACUUGUCAGGCUCAGUACCUUCUCUGAGUCCCCAUGUAGUGGGUCUGCUAUACCCAUCUGUCAGAUGCUUCUGGUGGUUGUGGUCUCUGCUAGCUCCCAUUCCUCCAAUCUGACACCUCCAACUCCUAGAGACAUAUUCAACCUGAGCUGCUAAGACUGCAAUCAGGGCUUUGACCUUUUGUUCAUGCAGUCAGUAUGUUUGUCCCUACACUAAGAAGCCGUAACAGUAUUUGUCAUAUGUAUUUCAGGUUGCCCAGAUUGCCUUGCUUAUGAAUUUUUUAUUCAGUCUGGCGUACUGGAGAAAUAAGCAGCAAAUGCAGUAUCUGAAAAUCUGUUUAACUUGCUAGUUUGUCUAAAACUGGAACAUUUUAUUGCUGUGUUUGACUAUGUGGUUGACUAUGUUUUGAUAUCUAAAAUGGUGCCUUUGGGAUUAGUCUGCCUGUUGAGAAGAUUUGGCAGCCAGCUCCAUCACUUUAUCACUAUCUUGCUUGAGGAUCAGGAAAUGUCUGUAGUGGUGUAGACAAUAUCCCCUUAUAAAAACUAGUGCUGUACACUCACCUGCAGGGGAAUCUGGCCUGCACUUAAUGUGUAAAGGAACAUAGUUUUAGCUUGGGAACAAGCAAGCAGCACCUGAGACCCUCGUCUUACCUAUAACUCCUCAAGAAAAGGGGUGCUAUCAUCUCUCAUUUGAUAUUUUCCCCUCUAGAUAUUAUUUGGGCUGUUACUUGAAUUAAUUGCUGGUAGCUUAAGGUGGGUAUUUUUGCUCACUUAAUGAUGUGCCUGAGGCUUAUUGUGUUUCUUGGUAAAAUUAAAUGUACCUCCCAGAUAGGAAGCUUUUUUGUCAAUGGUAGUAGGCACCCUGAUUUGCUGUGCUUACGCAAGGCCUUAUAUUUAUUUGUUUUUUUUUUUUUUUUUCCUUCCAAGGCUUCUGUCUGAAUCUAAGAUGACUUUCAUCACCUGAAUUCUGUUCAACUCAAUAUCUAGGAGUACUGAUCUCAUUUCAGUAACCAGAAAACAAACAUUGUUGGAAUCUUCCUCCAUAAUGUACAAUCAUUUUCUUCUCACACUGUACACCCAUUUCCUAAUUUCUCUGACUUGUUCCAUGUAUAACCAUGUGAAAUAUAUGGGCUUUCCAUACUACAUGCAGGCAGCCUUUACUAAGGUUCUGUUUUAUGCUGUCUCAGUCUUGUGUGUUUACUGAGGGCUGUGCUGUGACCUUAGCUGCACAUAGUAAGAUACAGACUUGAAACCUGAUGUAUACAGUCUUCAUACUGUAUAUCUGCUGUUAGAGAAAGUUCUGACUUUACACCAUCUGUGACUUAAAAAGAUGAAAUGAUUUGUCUUGCAGAAAGCUUUCUGUUUGAAUGACUGCAAAGUUUGAAUCUGAUGUAAGCUUCCUUGUUCCAUUUUGUGUAGAAUGGGCUGUAUAUUAUAAAUUAUCCGGGUCAUAUCCCAGUUAACAGUAAGUAAACUUACCACCAUUCUUUUGAACAGGUCUUCUUUCUUUGAUACAAACAUUUAAAAGUUUACUUUUUAGUGCUUUUUUUUUUUUGUAGGGGGCUAUGGCCCCACCUCCUUUUUUAAGGGGAUAUAGUAAAGAAUAGAUUGAGCACUUAAGUCAGCAAGAGACAUGUCCAGUUUAAUUGCCUGUCUAAGAAAUAUCAGAUACAGGGGUAGUUUGGUACCCUAUCUGUCCUCUGUAUCUUUAUAUAACAGUACGUUGUAGAAAUGGACAUUAACAAAUAGGUGGGCUGGAGUGUCCUGCUCUUUAUAUUACUUCAUAAGUCACAUUUUGCUGCCAAUGUGAAAUUUCUUAACAAAAAGGAUACCAAAAGAGGCAGAACAAUAUAAAGGCAUGCCUUUAAUAAUAGCUCUUAAAGAUAUUCAACAGGCUAGCCAGCCCACGUUUCCUAGAAUGACACAUACCAGUCUGCUUUACAACUGUUUCCAUUUGGUUCUGCUGUCUGUAGAGAAAGAUUUCAAGUUUCCUAAGGAACAGCUUAAGGAAAUUCCUUUGAAGAUUUGCUUAAAUAUUCGGAUUUUGUAAUAGUAGGCAGUGUAAGCUGAAUGGCAGGUAUCUUUUCCUGAGCAUUUCAAAUGCUACCCAUUUACUGCUGCUGACUAAACUAAUCCUGCUGCUACAAACUAAUGAAGAUAAUUGGUGAUAUGGCAAUAACUGAACACUGCAAACUCUUGUGCAGUAAUAAUACAGGGAAAUAGUCUCUGAACUGAUAAAAUACUUUUGAGACCUCAUUCUCAUCUGUGCCAUAUUGGUAGAGAUUAUAGUGUAAAUCUGUACAUAUGAAAUUGAAAGACCAUAUUACUAAUGCAUUUGUUGUAUGUUAUUACUAGAUUUGUUUCUGAAUGUCUUUUUAUACCAUUGUGAUUCACUAGAAAAAAAAAAAUACUGCAGGUAAUCCUUUAGAGAACAGCCUCCACAUUUUAUUUUUUCUUUGAGACCUACUCAUAACUGAAAAUUUACGUGAAUACAAAAAGACAUUCUAGCGCAAAGUUUUUUUUUUUUGUUGUUUUUUUUAAAUAUUUUAAACAUUGCGGCUGAUAGGAGGGUGGAGAUUAAAAUACAGUACCUUAUCCUUUAUAAAUAGUGCCUCUGGAAAAUGAGGAUGGUUAUCAUAUACAUAGUAUUUACUUGUAGUUCUGUUUAACCAUUACAUUCGGGGUUUGUAAAUGUUCUUUUCCACUCGUAGUUUUUAACUUGAAUGCAUCAUUAUUUUACAGAUCCCAAACAGUGUUAAGUCUAAUGUGUUUAAUGUGGUCUACAUUACUGUGGUCAGUAUACUAGAAAUAAAAUAUCCUCAUAACAUUAAACUGUAGUAUGGGGAAAUUAAGUGUAAAUGUGUACUUUUGUACAUUAUACAGGAAGUACUAUUUUGACUGAGAAUCAAGGAGAAAAAUAACGGUAUUUAUACUAUAUUAUAUGUUGAAUUGUUGCCUUUGGUUAUCAAAACUGCCAUUACUUUGAACGGUAAUUAAUCAUGGUUCCUCAGCUUUAUUGCAAAGAAAAAGUCAGUUUUGAAGUUAUUCUGAUCCUUGCCUGAUAUGUUGGCACCACCUAUUUUGUGCUUAGUGGCAAGUGCAACAGUAAGUAAUUUAUAUAAAGCAAACCAUGCUUUCAAGACAGCCAAGCGCAUAUGGGCCUAGUGAACUAUGUACAAAAGGGUACAGAAGACAACUGUAAAUACAUUUUUUUUUAAAACUGUGGACAGAUCAACAUUGACAAAUAUUCAGUGUAAAGACCAAGUAUGAUGCAUAUGUGCAGAAAUCUGACUUAUUUUACAUACGCUCAUUUUACAGAGUUUUUUCAUUUUUAGUCACUGUAUUCCAGCAGGAAACCAUUGUAUUUAUUUCUGAACAUGAAUUGCUGCAAUUUUUAUUUUUUUAACACUAGUUGUGGAAAUAUAGAUGCAUGUGUGUUUGCUGUUGGCAGAAGGUCUGUGCACAAAAAGAGCCGAUAUUGACUCUCUGCAUUUCAAGGUAUCAUACUGUACAAGCUGUUUGCGUUUGUAGCACUUCAAAAAAAAAAAAAAACUAAUUUGUUGUUGGACAGAUACACACACAGUUUUUACCUUUUUAUUUAGUCUUUUUACUAAAAUGUUUUGUUACCAUUAAAGGUGUUUACCAAUUGUUAA